AUGAAUGAAGGAAGAGCUGCCCUGAGCAGCAUUCCACAAGCUAGGGGCUCAGAUGGACCAAAGGAGGAAAGGAAGAAGCUAGAGUGUAGACAUUCAUUCCCCUCCCCCAGCCUGCCUUCUUUAUAUGAUGCUAAGAAGCUCUGCUGCCACAUGCCCCUGCCGCAUGCCCCUGCCGCAUGCCCCUGCCGCAUGCCCCUGCCGCAUGCCCCCUGCCGCAUGCCCCCUGCCACAUACCCCCUGCCGCAUACCCCCUGCCACAUACCCCCUGCCACAUGCCCCCUGCCGCAUGCCCCUGCCGCAUGCCCCUGCCGCAUGCCCCUGCCGCAUGCCCCCUGCCGCAUGCCCCCUGCCACAUACCCCCUGCCACAUAACCCCUGCCGCAUGCCCCUGUCACAUGCCCCCCUGCCGCAUGCCCCCUGCCGCAUGCCCCCUGCCGCAUGCCCCCUGCCGCAUGCCCCCUGCCGCAUGCCCCCUGCCACAUGCCCCCUGCCACAUACCCCCUGCCGCAUGCCCCCUGCCACAUGCCCCCUGCCGCAUGCCCCCUGCCGCAUGCCCCUGCCACAUGCCCCCACCUGCCACACGCCCCCUGCCACACGGCCCCUGCCACAUGCCCCCUGCCACAUACCCCCUGCCACAUGCCCCUGCCACAUGCCCCCUGCCGCAUGCCCCUGCCGCAUGCCCCUGCCGCAUGCCCCCUGCCACAUGCCCCCCGCCACAUGCCCCCUGCCACAUGCCCCCUGCCACACUAUGCUCCCUUCCUCCCUGUUAGAAUAG